UCCAGUCUUGUUGGAUCUGUAGUCAUUGAUGCAAUACAACUAUACACAUCGAUCCAUUUGUUUACGGAGGUCGUCUGCUAGCGUUUGAGAAUUAAAUAUUAUGCUCUAAAUCGUGGUUUUAUGUGACUUUAAAAAAGGAGAUUAGAGCCGCAAUGCCGGGGACCGAAGACAGUACGACGGAACUCGGAGAAAUAGAAAAUGUCAGAGUGGUGGUUCGCGUUCGACCUCUAAAUGGGAAGGAGUUGGACGGACACUGUAAAAACAUAAUACGCGUCGACACCAUUAAUAGUGAAAUAACCGUCGAGAAUCCAAAUGCAGCUCAAGGAGAACCACCAAAAGUUUUCUGUUUGGAUGCUGUCUUUGAUACCGAUUCAACGCAAGUUGAUAUUUACAAUGAAACUGCAAGACCUAUCGUGGACAAAGUUCUGCAAGGAUACAAUGGAACUAUAUUUGCGUACGGGCAAACUGGCACUGGCAAGACUUACACUAUGUCGGGUGCUAAAACAUCCCCCCAGCUCAGAGGGAUCAUUCCAAAUACCUUUGCGCAUAUUUUUGGACAUAUAGCUAAAGCUCAUGAUAAUCAAAAAUUCCUUGUACGAGCGACGUACUUAGAAAUUUACAAUGAAGAGGUGAGAGAUCUGUUAGGUAAGGAUCAGAAUACCAGGCUGGAAGUAAAAGAGAGACCCGACAUUGGGGUAUUCGUGAAAGAUCUUAGCGGAUAUGUGGUAAACAAUGCCGAUGAUUUAGACAGAAUAAUGUCUCUCGGUAACAAGAACCGCGUCGUUGGAGCUACAGCGAUGAAUGUGUCCAGUUCUAGAUCCCAUGCAAUAUUUACAAUUACAGUUGAAUCUAGUCAACUAGGAGAGGAUGGCGAACAGCAUGUUAAAAUGGGGAAACUGCAUUUAGUUGAUUUAGCUGGUUCGGAAAGACAGAGCAAAACGAAAGCUUCUGGGGUUCGUUUGAGAGAAGCUACAAAGAUUAAUUUAUCACUUUCAACGUUAGGUAAUGUUAUAUCUGCAUUGGUUGACGGUCAGAGUUCACACGUGCCUUACAGAAAUUCCAAACUGACGAGAUUACUUCAAGAUUCCUUGGGUGGUAAUUCAAAAACAUUAAUGUGCGCAAACAUAAGUCCAGCUGACAUAAAUUACGACGAAACUAUAAGCACGCUUCGCUAUGCGAACCGUGCUAAGAACAUAAAGAAUAGAGCGAGGAUUAAUGAAGAUCCAAAGGACGCUUUGCUUCGCCAAUUUCAAGUGGAAAUUGAACAGCUACGCAAGCAGCUAGAGGAGAACGGUGCUGAAGUCACAGAAUCUGAAGAUGAUUCCGAAGACUCUGAAGAGACUGGAGAAAGCAGACACGAGAAGAAAGUGAGACGCAGAAGGAGUCAAAUAUUAACAAUGGAGGAACUCGAAGAUGGAGAUGUGGAUUCUACUGAGAAAGUAGACAAAGCUGAGAGAGAAGAUAAAAGUCCAGACGAUAAAGACGUUAUAGAAUUAAAAAGAACCCAGAGCGAGAAAGAAGCACUGCGAGAAAAAAUGCAGAAUUUACAAAAUAAGAUUCUAGUCGGAGGUGAGAACUUAUUAGAAAAAGCGGAAGCUCAAGAGCAGUUAUUGGCUGCCGCAGCGAUUGAACUGGAACAACGUAAAAGUAGAGAAGAACAACUGAAGAAAGCUAUCGAAGCCAAAGAGGCUGAACGUAUUGACAUAGAAGAGAAAUAUUCCUCUUUGCAAGAGGAAGCAGCAGGAAAGACUAAAAAGUUAGCCAGAGUAUAUACAAUGUUGAUGUCUGUUAAAGCAGAGUUGUCCGAUCUGCAACAAGAACAUCAAAGAGAAAUGGAAGGUCUUUUGGAAGGAGUCAGAGGCAUUGGAAGAGAACUGCAACUGCAGGAACUGAUAGUAAACAGUUAUAUUCCUGUUCAAUAUCAAACAAUGAUUGAGAGAUAUGUUCAUUGGAACGAAGAUAUUGGGGAAUGGCAACUGAAAUGUGUCGCAUAUACUGGUAACAAUAUGCGCAAAGCACAAGUUACGCCACCGGUAGGAAGUAACAAAGAUCAAACCCAACCAGAUAUGUCAAAUAUAUAUCUUUCCUACAAUAAUGGAAUCGACAAUACUUUCGUGCAACCAAAGAAAAUAAGAGGACGAUCUGGAGUUCCAAGACCAACUACAGCACAUAGGCGUACACCACACUAAAAGUAUGUUUAAAAUGAUAGAAAUACCUUUCCUAGCAUUUUUUUUUUCUUACAAAUAUUAUUUUAAUUUAUUUUUAUUUAUAUAAA